AUGCAGUAUCAAACGCUGCUUCUGCUAGCCGUGUCUGCGGCCACGGCCUCCGCAACUUACGCGGGAAACCUGAACUACCGCAGCCCUUCCCUGAACCAUCCUGAUCUCGGCAUUGCUGUCAGCAAAGUCGUCAAGAGAUCUGACCCUGCCGCUGCGUUUGAUCCUGCCAAGUUGAACUUUACCCACGGCGUGGCCUCUGGUGAUCCAUAUGCGAAUUCCGUCAUCCUCUGGACGCGUGUGAAGGACAAGGAUCCCGGUCACUGGCGCAGUCCACUGUACAGCCCGGUGCCGAUUUAUAACUCCAGUGACGAAGCCAAUGAUUAUAUCUAUGAAUAUGCCGACGGCUUUUAUGGAUCGGGCAAGGACAUUGGGCGUGUACCGUUGCCAGAUCGCACCAUAUACACGCUUUACGAUUAUCGAAAACGCAUUGCUACCCACCGGACCGAUAUUGACCUUGUUGCCAACCAUCAGCGCUUUGCAUGGAUUCCGGUGUGGGAUGACCACGUGCUUUCUAACGGUGCGGCUCUGCUAGAGGUUGGGGACAAUACCUAUCGUGAUGGGUCGUCCUUGCUGAGGAAUGUCGAAGCUUCAUUCCUUAUAUCGGGUGGUGUUUCCGUGGACCAGCGGAAAAUGAAUGCGGUCCGCGCAUACUUUGAAUGGAUGCCCAUUAGGCAGGUGGACAUGGAUGAUAACCUUCGGAUUUGGAGAAACUUCCAGAUUGGCUCCCUUGUCGAUGUCCUGAUGCUUGAUACCAGGCACUAUGAUCGUUCGAUUACCGACUUAUACCUCAACCAUUUCUAUGUCAAGAAGCUAAAGGACGAUGCCAGCCGCAGUUUGAUGGGCUCUCAGCAAGAAAACUGGUUCUACCGUAAUCUAAUCAAGUCUUCCGAGCGCGGCGCUAAAUGGCGAAUCGUUGGGAGUCAGAUUGUUUUCUCGCAUAUCGAUCAGUCAGCUGCAUUCGGGAAAUUGCAAGAUUUCAACCUGGAUGCUUGGGAUGGGUAUCAAGCCAACCGGAACCGCACGUUCAAGACUCUCUACGACAACAAAAUCAACAACACUAUCCUGAUUGCGGGAGACUCUCACGCAAAUUGGGUUAGCGACGUGGCAUGGUUAGACCAUGCAAAGUACGAUGAGAAAACAGGAGCCGGAGCCAUUGGUGUUGAGUUUGCUGGAAGCUCGAUCACAUCCCCGUCACCAGCUGGAAGCGCCAAAAUCGAUGCUACCGUCAAGAAGUCAAAGUCGCUGGUAGACAACAACUCGAUCCUGCAGUGGUCAGAACUUUACUAUCGGGGUUAUUUCGAGUUGCAUAUCACUCCAGCUGAGGUGCAGGCAAAGUUCUUCGGGACUCCCAAAAUCCGGGAGCGAGAUUUCAGCGAAGUCUCGUUGGCCAAUUUCACUGUCAAAGAGGGCGCGAAUUGCCUUGACCGUGGGAGCACUGGGGUGCCCGGCGGCGGGAUCGUGGAAAACGGCUGGCUUAAAGGGGGCAAGGUAAAGAGGACGGAUCUUGCGAAUAACACGGAAACCGGACAAUGGAUGAAGGUUAACUAA